AGCAUUUCGACAGGAGGCCGAACUCAGAAUGGAACCAGGUGUUUGCCUUCUCCAAGAACAGCAUCCAGUCUUCGACGCUGGAGGUGUAUUUGAAGGACAAAGAGAUGGCGAGCCGAGAUGAGUGUAUCGGUAGGGUGGUGUUCGAUCUCAAUGAGGUCCCAGCUAGGGUUCCUCCUGAUAGCCCAUUGGCGCCUCAUUGGUAUCGGUUGCUUGACCGUCGAGGAGAUGGCAAGGCGAGGGGGGAGAUAAUGUUGGCAGUGUGGAUGGGGACACAGGCUGAUGAGGCGUUUUCCGAGGCCUGGCAUUCUGAUUCUGCUUCAUUCGUCGAAAAUGGAGGAGCUCUCAACAUACGCUCGAAGGUGUAUGUAUCACCUAAGCUCUGGUAUCUUCGUGUCAACAUAAUCGAAGCACAGGAUGUUCGACCGGACAGUAGGAAUCACCGUCCUGAGCUCUUCGUCAAGGCCCAAAUCAACAACCAGGUUCACAAGACCAGGUUUUGCCCGUUGACGGCCAAUGCCAACCUGUUAUGGAAUGAAGAGUUCAUGUUUGUCGCUGCUGAGCCUUUCGAGGAUCAACUAGUCCUCACCAUUGAGGACCGUGUCAGCCCAGUGAAGGAUGAAGUACUCGGGAGGCUAGCCCUCCCGUUAUCAGUCUUUGAAAAGAGACUCGAUCACAAACCUAUAGUGCACUCGAGAUGGUUCGAUUUAGAGAAGUUCGGUCUAGGCCUAUUCGAAGAUGAUGCUAGAAGAGAGAUGAGAUUCGCAAGCAGAAUCCACCUUCGGGUCUGCCUCGAAGGAGCUUAUCACGUCAUGGACGAAGCCAUGGUCUACGUAAGUGAUACUCAGCCUACCUCCCGGCAACUGUGGAAGCCACCAGUGGGAGUUUUGGAACUUGGAAUUCUUGGCGCCAAGAAUUUAGUACCGAUGAAGGCCAGAGGCAAGACCGAUGCCUACUGCGUCGCACGGCACGGUCAGAAAUGGGUUCGGACGCGAACAGUCAUCGGAUCGUUCAGUCCAGACUGGAAUGAGCAGUACACUUGGGACGUGUUUGACCCGUGCACAGUGAUCACCAUCGCAGUGUUCGACAACUGCAAUCUCUCUGCAGUCGGCAGAGAUUCAAGAAUCGGAAAGAUUCGAAUCCGACUGUCGACUCUACAGUCUGGUAAGGUACAUACCAAGUCCUACCCUCUAUUAGUUCUUCAGCCAUCGGCGGCCACAGGAGUGCACAAAAUGGGCGAGCUCCAGCUAUCUGUGCGGUUCACAUGCAUAUCCUAUGCGAACAUGAUCCAUCUCUACAGCGAGCCGCUCCUCCCGAAGAUGCACUAUGUGCAUCCCUUCACGAUGGGCGAGAUCAGCAGUCUCCGACGCCAAACGAUCGGCAUCAUCGCAGCGAGGCUUGGCAGGGCUGAGCCACCACUGAGAAAGGAAGUGAUUGAGUAUAUGUUAGACGGUGAUGAGCAACUUUGGAGCUUGAGGCGGAGCAAGGCGAACUUCUUUCGAAUAAUGGCUCUGUUGUCGGGGGCGAUCGGAGCGAUUGGAUGGUUCAGGGAGGUGUGCAGGUGGUCGAAACCGAUCACAACUGUUCUUGUGCACGUUUUGUUUCUCAUACUGGUUAGAUGCCCAGAGUUGAUAUUGCCGACGGUGUUUAUGUAUAUGGUCGUGAUUGGAGUGUGGAGGUAUAGGGGUCGGCCUCGGGGGCCGGCGGAGGUGGACGUGCGGCAAUUAUAG